GUCAAAGCCAAGUUACAUACCGUGACACUGUCAUUUGAUGUCACUGUAGGAAAAUUAUCAAGAUAUCAUUUUCUUUUUUAUAUGAGCUAUUAUAUAUAGAAAUAAUAUUUAGAGUUCUCCUUGCUUAGGAUUUUUAGCAUUUAAGCAUUUAAGCUGAUGAUCUACCAACUGGGAUAUGAGGUUUAGUGAGCUUGACUGGAACAACUUUACAUGCAUAGUAUAUACCAACUUUACAUACGUAGUAUAUUAGAAAAUAUACCAUGUAUUAGCACCAGGCUUGUACCCAUACAAUAAUAGGGAAUGAACCUUUUUUGUCUGAAUAUAAGGCAUAACAUAGAGAUAAUCAAAAUUACAAAGGAACAUUGGGAAUUUUAUUGAAAACUCCAACAAUUCAAAGACUUAGAAAUGAUGGAUAAUUCGACAGAUAAACUUUGGCCUCAGGGCCCAACAAGGACAACACCACUAGAGGGGUCUUAUGGAGAUGAAAAUAGAAUUUUGUACAUUAUCGUAGGCACUAUCAUUAGCAUUGUGAUAGUGGCUGGGGUGAUAUCAAUUGGAGUUUGGUUAUACUGCAAAAGUAACCAAACAAAUGGGCAAAGAAGUCCUCAGAGUAAUGACCAUAUUUCUGGAACACACUACGACAAUGCAUCAUAUUAUGGAGGAGUCCAUAGUGGACAAAACUGGGGAGAUGGUGGAGGAGGGGG